AUGUGUGGAAUAUUUUGCUAUAUCGGCGCGACGGAAAAUAGCUUCUCCGACAGCGAAGAAAUCUUUCAGAUAUGUUGUACGUUGCUCUCCAACCGCGGUCCCGACGAAAGCGGGCGACUCGUGUACGACUCGCAAGUGCUGUUUUAUGGAUCGGUAUUGUGGCACCAAGGAUCAACGCUGUGCAAGCAGCCCCUCGAAACCGAUCGAACUGUUUUACUGUUCAAUGGGGACAUUUUCCAGCCACGCGAUGAUGAUGAAGUAAGCGAUACUCAGUGGUUGCUGAAGCGGAUCGAAAAGUGCUCGGAGGAGGAGGAUUUGAGCCAACUGUUCCGGCAACUGCGAGGACCGUUUAGUGUAAUUUUCCUGCGCAAAGAAAAGCGAAGAGUCUACUUUGCUCGCGACAGUAUGGGACGGAAUUCGUUGCUAGUCGGUCGUAGUAAGCGGGCAGCUGGAGGAUUGUUUGUCACAAGCGUUAGCGGUAACAUUCCGUCCAACGAUGUUUGUGAGCUGCCACCAGCUGGUCUUUACUUUGUGGAUUUGGGCGCACCGUUUGUGACCGGGUUGCAUCCUUGGGUCGAGCCAGAUGGGAUCAAGACACUCACAUUAUUCGGUUCGUUAGUGAUUGCAAGCAAACAUAAGCUGGAUCGCGCCCCAUAUGCGGAAAAGGAACAUCAAGUGGGCCAUUGUCACCAUGUUCAGACCGACUUUAAUUUCCGAGAGCUUACGUACGGCAAAGAAUUUCCCGUGCGAGAAGCAUGUGAAAAUCUUUUGAAAUCGCCAGAAGUGGACAACGUUUGCGAAAAGCUUCUAGCCACCCUCCGUGAUUCGGUCAAAGAGCGCGUCAUUCGAACCACAAAGUACUGCAAAAACUGCCUCAAAGCUGUGCCACCGCAAUGUACGCACCCGAAGCUCGGCGUAUUGUUUUCCGGUGGAAUCGAUUGCACUCUUCUGGCACUGUUGGCAGACGCGUACGUGCCGGCCGAUUGUCCGAUCGACUUGCUAAAUGUGGCAUUCGAAAAGGUGACUCGUGAAAGGAAAAAGCAAUCGCCACCCAUCGAUUGGAAUGUGCCGGAUAGGUUGACAGGGCAUAGCUCACUACGCGAACUGCAGCAGCUCCGACCGAAUAGAGUUUGGAACUUCGUUGAGAUUAAUGUCUCCCGGGCAGAACUGAACGCUCAGCAGAAAACCAUUACGAACCUGGUAUUUCCAUUACACACCGUUCUCGAUGAGUCACUAGGAGCGGCACUGUGGUUCGCCUCAAGAGGUGCUGGCCAAAUGCAGGGCAUACCGUACACUAGCCCGUGUCGAGUUCUUCUGUUGGGUUCCGGAGCGGACGAGUUAUUCGGAGGAUAUACACGCCACCGAACGGCGUUCGAACGCAGUUUCAGGGAACGCCAAAAGCUAGGUGAUAAUGAAACGAAAGCAAUAGAAUGGGCUGAUAGAGCACUGGAAGAGGAACUGCAGCUAGACUGGGAACGGUUGCCAAGCCGCAACUUGGCCCGAGAUGAUCGUGUGAUUGGAGACAAUGGCGUCACUCCAAGGACACCCUACUUGCAGGAGGAUUUCGUGGCAUUGGUACAGUCUUUGCGAGUGAACCAAAAGUGCUACUACCCACUCGGCGUUGGGAUUGGCGAUAAGCUGAUCCUCCGGUUAUGUGCUUUCAAGCUAGGGUUGUCUGAGGUUUGCGUGUUAAAAAAACGUGCACUGCAAUUCGGCUGCCGGAUAGCCGAUCGUCGGCAGAAUGCUGCAGACACAUCCAUGUUUCUCGAAAAUCCUUGAAACAUUGGCUCCGCGUAGAG